AUGCACUUCUCUAAGACCCUUGCCACCGCGGCAACCUUUGCCAUGACUGUCUACGCCGGCUUCCCUGUCGCUAGCGUCAGUUUCCAGUCCUGGGAGAAGUGUGAUAUUGGCUAUCCCACACUCGGAGAACCCAAGUUCUCUGUUGAUGUGGCCGUCACUCCCGCGACUUGCGACAAGACCACUGUCAACCGUGACUGGAGCAUUAACAACUAUGCCUUCAAGGCUCGCUUGGACACCAAGGACACUGCCUUCUGCCAAGGCGUGAUCAUCUGGAACAACGAAGGCUGCUCUGGCGAGCCUGUGCACUUCCUGCCUUUCAACCACAGCCCCUUUGCCGAGGGCCAGUGCAUCCCUGACAUCCUGGACCCUGGCUUUGUCUCCUUCAAGUUGGCUUGUGCGGGUUUCUAG